AUGCCAUUCAUAAUCAAGAUUCGUAAGAUAUUCUCGUACACUAAAAAGAAAUGGAAAGAAUACCGCAACACCGGAUCUGCAUCUGCUCCAUCGAGACCCACCGAAAGCUGCAACACAUUAGGGGUCACCAGUACCAAUACACGUGACAAAAGGCCGGCCGGCUGGAAUACCAUCAGAUCGCUGAUAACAGUUAUUGAGCCGGGUGCUAAGGCGAUCGGCUUGCCAAUUCACGGACUGAGAGCCUUCGUAGACAGACUCGAGAGUGCAUUCGAAGAACGUGAGGAGUAUGCCGAGUUAGCGGCGCAACUAAAUGCAAUAUUGGAUGAUCUGGCCAAGCACGUGAAUCAACCGAUAGGCACUGAAAUGACUGCUAGCGUUAAGCGAAUCUACGCAGACCUGGAAGAUGAGAUCAAAAAGGUCACUGAGCGUCAAGCGAUGGCGAUGAGAAGACGACUGAUCGGUGCAAUGGAAGAGGCAAAUGAGAUAAUGGAGUGCUACCGCCGAAUCGAUGGCUAUCUGCAACGCUUGACACUGAACGCAAACAUCAGCAUCCUCAAAGCGGUUAACGAACAAACAGCAUACGUCCAAAAACAAGCCAUGGAAGCACGAUUGAAGAACAUGUCGCCCGCCACGGCCGCAGUCUUCGACUCUGCAGAGUCUCACAACGUCAGACGAAGAUCGUGUGCACCAGGUACCCGGACCGCACAAAUAAAGCUACUGCUCGAUUGGGCCCAUGAUCCCGAAGUCGGAAGGACAUGCUGGCUAAACGGCAUGGCAGGUACCGGCAAAACGACCAUCGCAUACAGCGUCUGCGAAGCACUCAAGGAAGAAUAUCAGCUUGCAGCCAGCUUCUUCUGCUCACGAACAAUCCCACAGUGCCGACAGGUCAAACACAUUAUACCAUCCAUCGCCUAUCAGCUGGCUCGGUUUUCCCUUCCGUUUUGGCUGGCACUGGAUAAGGCCCUCGAGGCGGACCCUGAUACACAUACGCUAGCACUUGAGACCCAGUACAAGAAGCUGAUUGUGGAACCAUUAUUGGCAUCACAAGAUAGCCUGCCUAGAAGCUUUAUUGUUGUGAUCGACGCUUUGGACGAGUGUGAGAACGAGGGUAUCGUAGGCCAGAUCCUAGACUUGCUGCUAUCAACCAAAUACACCCUGCCUGUGAGGUAUCUUAUGUCCAGCCGGCCGGAAAAAGAGAUCACGCGACGCACGGGGAAUUGCGGCAAUACAAGUGAUAACCCACGUCUGGUGCUACACGAACUAGACGACGACUCGGUAAAGACCGAUAUUCAAGCAUAUAUACACCACGAGCUACGCGAUGUUCCCCUGACAGAUGACCAAAUGCAAACUAUAGCCCGACGCUGCGGAGCACUGUUCAUCUAUGCUUCUACCAUCUGCCGCUACAUCAGACAGGCACACGAAGUGGACGCCUUGGGGGAAGCCUUGAACCUGAUUACGAACUCGACUGCAAUCCCAAUGAAACAAGAUAAUAAGAAUGUGAUCGAUGACCUCUAUACCACCAUACUGCUUACUGCCUUUCACAGAUCCGAGAUCGACGAGAUGCGCGAAACCAAAAUGCGAGAUAUACUCGAAACAGUGAUAUGCGCCAUGGAACCCAUGACGCUCCAUACGAUUGGCCAGGUCGUAGGUCUGAAGAACGCAGAGCAAGUGGAUCGGCUGCUCAAGCCCUUGCGAUCGGUGCUGAAUGUCGGAAAAGAGAACAAGCUGGUCACACCCCUUCAUGCAUCAUUUCCGGACUUCAUGCUGUCCAAGGACCGGUCAAAGGAUCUGUGCUGCGAACGCGGGAAGCGACAUGCCCAAAUGGCAAAGGUCUGCCUUGAGCUGAUCAGCAAGGCCGAGCCGCAGUUCAACAUAUGUCGCUUGCCAUCUUCGCACCUUCUAGAUAGCGAGGUAGAUGACCUGGAUACUCGAAUUACCAACUCGAUCUCGCAAGGUCUGUCAUACGCUUGUCGACACUGGCCCACCCACCUUGGGUUUGCGGAGCACCAAGACGAGUUCGUUGGAUCGGUGCGCCACUUCUUCUCAUCAAGACUACUGCUCUGGAUGGAGAUCAUAAACCUGACGAAACACAUACGCUAUGGGACGACAAUGAUUCAAAACGUGGAGAAGUGGUGCAGCGAACACAAAGUCCCUGAGGAUAUGACGAAACUAGUACACGACGCAUCACAGUUCGUAUCGGUGUAUGCGAACCAUCCUGUAUCUCGGAGUACCCCCCACAUCUACGUAUCUAUGCUUCCCUUCUGGCCGCCCUCUAGGCCCGUUUCUGUGGCGUACAUGCCAAGAACAACCGGUAUAAUCGAACCGGAAGGGACAGCGAUGGCACGAAGGCGACUGGCACUUAUUGCCACAUGGAAGGUCUCGUCCCGGCGGAUCAGGUCCAUCGGUCUUUCAGGCGAUGGAACACGGCUAGCGGUACAUAACGAGGGUAGCAUCGAGGUGUAUGAUACGUCCACUGGCGAGACCAUAUCCAGCCUCACGAACGAAUGCACAAGGGGUGUCCACUCAGUUGCCAUAUCUCCUGAUGGCACCCAAGUCGCUUUUGCCAAAUAUCGUGCUGCCUAUAUAUGGAAUGUUGGUAAUCGAGGCACGACUGCCAACCUGUUCCCCAACCUUACGCCAUCCAUCAAGUGCAUUGCAUUCUCCUCGGACGGAUGUCGUGUUGCCUGUGGCACACGUAAUGGCGAAGUACACAUCCACGCCUUGCAUGACGAUACUACCAGUCGUGGUCCACUCAAAGGGCAUACUGAAGAGGUCACGUCGAUUGCAUUCUCUCGAGACAGCUUGCGCCUUGCAUCUGCAUCAGGAGACGGUACUGUGCGAGUGCGAGAGGUACGAACCGGCCAAACGGUGGGCGAACCAUUCAAGGAGCAUACUAGAUCCGUCUACUCGGUGUGCUAUUCACCCGAUGGCUCACGCCUUGCCUCGGCUUCUUGGGAUCACUCCAUUCAAGUGCGGGGUGUAAGCUCAGGAACUAUGGCUCCGAAACUACUCACAAUCCACACCCCUCAUCCACGAUCGAUUGCCUUCUCACCCAGCGGCGCUUUCAUUGCGUCUGGAUCAGCCGACAAAGCCAUCCGAGUAUACGAUGCGCGCACCGGUCAGAUCGUGCUUGGUCCGCUAGAUGGUCACACUGAACGGGUUACCUCGCUCAUAUUUUCGCCAGACAGCGCUCGACUUUAUUCAUGCUCAAGGGAUGGGACUGUGCGCAUAUGGAACGUCCAGGAUCUUGGCACACAUCAUACUUUAUCAAAGGCACCAGCGCUUUCUUCGGGUGUCUACCGCAUCCGAUACUCGAACAGCGGGAAGCAACUUGUCUCUGAUUCGUCAGAUGGGACGCUGCAUGUGUGGGAUGUGAAGACAGGCGAGCUGGUCAUGGAACCACUGCGUGGUCAUCAAAAGGCCGUAUUGUCUGUCGACUACUCACAUAGCGAUACGUAUAUUGCCUCUGCUUCGUCGGAUGGGACAUUAAGAAUAUGGGAUGCCUUGUCUGGUAGCGAUAUACAUGGACCAAUCGAGCAUAGUAAUAGGGUGAACUGUGUGCGGUUUUCGCCUGAUGACUCGUGCAUUGCUUCGGGGUCCCUUGACGGCACAGUGAAAAUAUGGGAUGUCACCAGCGGUCAACAGAUCGUCGAGCUGUUCAGAGCACACGAAUUCCAUGUGGCCACCUCGGUGGAGUUAUCCCCGGACGGGCAGCAAGUCGCUUUUGGAUACGGCUCUAUCUCAGAUCUGGGAGACUCAGAGGACCCAUUGUACGGAGCUAUACGAGUGGUGGAUCGAUCCACAGGGGACACAGUGGCUGGUCCGAUCAAUGUGCAGGACUUUAUCACCUCGAUUGAGUUCUCCCCGAAUGGUAUGCGCCUCGUCUCAGGAUCAUAUGACAAAUCAGUGCGAAUAUGGGAUGUGCAGACAGGAGAGCAACUUGUUGCUUGUGGCGAGGUCGAGGAUGACACACGUCGCGAUGACAAAGAUAGUAACAAUGACCGCGGCCAUAGGAAAGAAGUCAACUCUGUGGCAUUCUCACCUAACGGUCGUUAUGUCGCAUCUGGCUCAGAUGACAUGACCGUUUGUAUCUGGGAUGCGGAGAACGGUAACCUCGUACUCGGUCCUCUCAAGGCACACACGAGUCGUGUAUACUUUGUCCAGUUCUCACCCGACAGCUCACACAUUGCAUCAUGCUCGGAUGAUCGGACUGUCCGUUUCUGGAGCUUGGCCAGCUGUGCGACUAGUGUGCAGAAUGGAGUGUUGACGGCAUCAGGCGCGUCUGAUUUUCAUUCCUACUUCACCUGA